UCAUGGGUUCUCUGGUCCUCCAUCUGAGCGCUGUCUUCUGCCUGGUGGCUCACUCAGCUUCUGGCAGCCCCAUCAUGGGGCUUGAGCAGUCGCCCCUGGAAGAAGACAUGCCCUUCUUUGAUGAUAUUUUCACAGAGCAAGACGGUAUUGACUUCCACACACUGCUGCAGAGCAUGAAAGACGAGUUUCUCAAGACGCUGAACCUGUCGGACAUUCCCCUGCAGGACACAGGCAAGGUGGAUCCGCCGGAGUACAUGCUGGAGCUCUACAACAAAUUCGCCACGGACCGGACCUCCAUGCCGUCUGCUAACAUCAUCCGGAGCUUCAAGAAUGAAGGUCUGUUUUCUCAACCAGUCAGUUUUGAAGGGCUCCGGAAAUACCCUCUCCUGUUCAAUGUGUCCAUCCCUCACCACGAAGAGAUCGUCAUGGCUGAACUCAGGCUGUACACGCUGGUACAGAGAGAUCGCAUGAUGUAUGACGGUGUGGACCGUAAAAUCACCAUUUUCGAAGUCCUAGAGGGUGGCAAGGGUGGCGAGGGUGGCGAGGGUAGCGAGGAGAAAAGGAGCAUGCUGGUCUUAGUGUCAACAGAGAUCUACGGAAUCAACAGUGAGUGGGAGACGUUUGAUGUCACGGAUGCCGCCAGACGUUGGCAGAAGUCAGGCGCGUCUACCCAUCAGCUGGAGAUCCACAUUGAAAGCACACAAAACCAAGCUGAGGACACCGGGAGGGGACAACUGGAAAUAGAUAUCAGUGCCCAGAAUAAGCAUGACCCUUUGCUUGUUGUGUUUUCUGAUGACCAAAGCAACGACAAAAAGCAGAAAGAGGAACUGGACGAAAUGAUCACCCAUGAGCAGGAUCUGGACCUGGACUCGGAUGAUUUCCCAAGCAGGCCUGACGAAGAGGCCCUGCUGCAGAUGAGGUCAAACAUGAUCGAUGACUCGACAGCGCGAAUCAGGAGGAACGCCAAGGGCAACUACUGCAAGAAAAUGCCCCUCUAUAUCGACUUCAAGGAGAUCGGCUGGGACUCCUGGAUCAUUGCUCCGCCAGGGUACGAAGCCUAUGAGUGCCGAGGGGUCUGCAACUACCCUCUGGCGGAGCACCUCACACCCACAAAACACGCCAUCAUCCAGGCCUUGGUCCACCUCAAGAAUUCCCAGAAAGCUUCCAAAGCCUGCUGUGUGCCCACCAAGCUGGAUCCCAUCUCCAUCCUCUAUUUAGAUAAAGGUGUUGUCACCUACAAGUUCAAAUACGAAGGAAUGGCCGUGUCUGAAUGUGGCUGUAGAUAGGAGAGGUGCCCCGCGGCUUAUUUAAUAACUGCAAAUCUGUAUAUUUUGUGUCCUAUUUAAUGAGACUAUUUAAUGAAGGUGUACAGAUAAUAGAGGGUGCCACCUUAGGGAAGCGGACAGGUCAGCGUGCUGUAGAAAAUGUGUAUUUUGCUAUACAAUCCAGUCCCUUCCGCUCAUCUGCUUUGUACUCUCAUUUCCUAGUGAUACCAUCUCUAACAACAAAACAUAGGCUGGUACCCCUUACCCUCUGUCAGUUUGGAAAGAGCAGGAAAUAGCCUCAACACACAGAUAUCCGUGCAUAUUAAUGCAAGAGUACAUGGACUUACAAAAAUCUUCUUGUUCAACAGAGGCAGACUCCUCACACAUGUGAGUGGCUUCCUCCAGAAUGUAUGUAUUCUGGGACAUGGGACUUAGGCUAAGCAAGUUCAUAUCAGGAGUUUAACCACUUACAGAAGUAUAUUUUCCCAAUGUUCUGGGAAUGUAAAUGUAGCAGUUCUUUCCCGUUGUGUCUGCCAUGGCUCAGACCUUCAGGCUCAAGAGCUGUGUGGGGUUGUCAGAUACACAAAACAAAAUGGCCUUCAUGGGCAACGGUCCCAGAGACGUCUUUGUAAAGAAUGGGCCUCUGGGUCAUGUACUCCAGAGGAGAGCGUCUGACACCCCCUCAGUCAACAAGAGGCAAGGCCAUUUGUGCCAGCCUUUACUGUU